UCCUUGAAAUUGGUAAAAUCGAAAAGGGAAUACCAAAAAUGUCGCACUGUUUUGGUAUUGUCUUGAUUAAAAGGAAAUGAGAUUUUUCUAUUAACAAAUGAUUAACAAUUUAUAUAGAGGAGAAAUUUAUAUUUAUAGGAUAAACUAAAUUUAUUUUGUAGUAAUCAAACAUGAAUACGACAGCGCCUACUUCGGCAGAUGCCUGUCUAAGUAUCGUCCACUCGUUAAUGUGCCACCGGCAAGGGGGUGAAAGUGAAGGAUUCUCAAAGAGAGCUAUUGAAUCUUUAGUAAAAAAAUUAAAAGAGAAACGAGAUGAACUGGAUUCAUUGAUUACUGCUAUUACAACUAAUGGAGCACAUCCUAGUAAAUGUGUAACAAUUCAACGGACAUUAGAUGGCAGACUACAGGUUGCAGGACGAAAAGGAUUUCCACAUGUUAUAUAUGCUAGAAUUUGGCGCUGGCCGGACCUGCACAAAAAUGAGCUAAAACAUGUUAAAUUCUGUCAGUUUGCAUUUGACUUAAAGUGUGAUUCAGUUUGUGUUAAUCCAUAUCACUAUGAAAGGGUUGUGUCCCCUGGAAUUGACUUAUCAAACCUUACUCUCCAAUCAGGACCUAGUCGGCUAGUUAAAGAUGAGUAUACCGCUGGGAUCGGAGGUAAUGGUAUGGACAUGGAUACUGGAGAGCUUGUCACAAUACAACACCAUGCUACCAGCCCAAGACAUCCACAUACAACUAUAGCUCAUCACCAUCAACAAUUUCAAGCAACAAAUAUUAUAUUAAAUCAAGGACAAACGCCAGAUGGCGUGCCGAAUAUGUUUUCGCCGCAUGGACAGCGCCCACUUCGACCCGGGGCGCCACUGGCACCAUCACAAAUGGGGCAUUCGCCUGGGCAACAAAUGAUGUCGAACCAUCCAAAUAGCCAAAUGACACAAAUGGGCCCUGGAACUCCCCAGAUGGGUAGAACUACACCUCAAAUAGGACCGGGUACACCACAGAUGUGUCCUGGAACGCCCCAAAUGGGACCUGGCACACCACAAAUGUGCCCUGGUACGCCUCAAAUGGGACCUGGUACACCUCAAAUGGGCCCUGGCACUUCUCAAAUGGGACCUGGAACACCACAAAUGGGUCCAGGUACACCUCAGAUGGGUCCUGGUACACCACAGAUGGGGUCCAAUGUGCCACAAAUGGCGUCGCCUAGAAUGGCGUCUGCACCCAACCAAAUGUCACCUGGCGCUCCACAAAUCACAAAUAUAAACCAAGGGAUGUCUAUGAAUGCUCAGCAAAUGGUGAUGGGUCAGCAAAGAGCUAUAGCACCAAAACUGGAACCACCAGAUACAAUGGAUGCGCGAACUAUGUGGAGAAUGAAUCAUUCGGCUAUGCCAGUUACUAUGUCCCCGGGAGGUUCUACCCCUAUUAUAGAUGGCGCGAACAACACGUUCUUCACAACAGAACAAACAUCGUCUGACACACAACUUACGCAGUCAAUGCCAGGUAGGUUAACAGGCUCGGUGGCGGUAUCAAGUGUUAGUUCAGUGCCAGUUACAGCUGUAGCGUCCCCAAAUGAACCUCAACAGAAUGGUUUCACCGCGACAAGUCCGCCUCAGCAAAGCCCCUUACCCCAUCGCACUCAGCAUCAACAAGGUACGUGGACGGGCAAUAACACUCUAACGUAUACGCAGAGUCUAGCGCCGCCGCCGGCUGCACCGCCUGUUCCAGUGGACGCAGCACCACAUCAUCACCAUUACUAUAAUGGCAACCCGGGCGGUCUUCUAUCCAGCCAGCCAGCGCCUGAGUACUGGUGUUCGGUCGCGUACUUUGAGUUGGACACGCAGGUCGGGGAGACAUUCAAAGUGCCAUCUAGUCGACCUAAUGUUACUGUUGAUGGCUAUGUGGAUCCCUCUGGCGGCAACAGAUUCUGCCUGGGCGCGUUAAGUAAUGUUCACAGAACUGAACAGAGUGAAAGAGCUAGGUUACACAUAGGUAAAGGAGUCCAACUCGACUUGCGUGGUGAAGGCGACGUAUGGUUACGAUGUCUUUCAGACCACUCGGUGUUUGUGCAGUCCUAUUACCUCGAUCGAGAAGCUGGUAGGGCUCCAGGGGAUGCAGUACAUAAGAUAUAUCCCUCUGCUUGUAUUAAGGUAUUCGAUCUCCGUCAAUGUCACCGUCAAAUGCAGACGCAAGCGGCGACUGCGCAAGCGGCCGCAGCUGCCCAGGCCGCCGCCGUCGCUGGACAUAUUGCGCCUGCGCAUCCGGGGAUGAACAAAUGUUUAUCAGCGGCCGCAGGUAUAGGAGUAGAUGACUUGAGGAGAUUGUGCAUCGUCCGCCUCUCGUUUGUGAAGGGAUGGGGUCCUGACUACCCUCGGAGCUCUAUUAAGGAGACACCUUGCUGGGUCGAAGUACAUUUACACAGAGCGCUGCAAUUGUUGGACGAGGUCCUCCAUACGAUGCCUAUAGACGGACCUCGGACUAACAUCGAGUAGGAGUUGAUCGGCUUCUUUUGAGGCCUUCGAGCGACCACACACCACUCGAACGCACGGGAAAGCGGAUAGUGUGAGACUCACUUGUUUAGUGUUGAGUAGGAAAUAAUAAAAAAUGACAAUAUUAGGGUAGGGUUCUUUCAUUCUCUUACUUAAUUUGCAUUUUUUAUAUGAUGUGUUGACGGCCUUUAAUUCUUCCUGAGUAUUCUUUUUUUAAACAAUUGUAGUCUCCUAGGGUAGAACCCAUCGGAAGUAGAUUCCACGGUUUGCUUGAUAUUAUAACGAUUCGACAUUUAUAACAAUGCCGUUGAGAACCUUCACAAACAUUGCUACUUUAUUUGUAAUAAAAUAAUCGUCAUAUAUGGUAGUCUCCCAACACAAUUAAUAUUAGGAAAGGAAACAAAAAUGAUCGAAUUCUUGCUCAACACUAAGCAAUAUAAAAGAAAAGGUGCUGUCUCACUCUGACAUUUUAAGGCCUUGCUUCAUUAGUUUAGCAUCGAUAGAAGAUUAAUAUGACUUUAAAAAGUCCCUGAUAUAGCUUUAUAAGCAAAUGCCAUCUUAUUCAGCGCCCUAACUCCAACGCAUGUUUUGUUUCUUUCAAUAAUUAUGAGUUGCUCUCUAAGUUGUAUAGGACUAAGGCAGUGUUAGAGCGAGACGGCAUGAGUGUAGUGAUCUAUGGUCAGAGUGGGAACAUUUUGUGGUAAAGACUAAAAAUGUGCACAUUGGCGGGUAAAGGUUCGUGUACAGUGAUUGUUUAAUUUGGUUGUUUGAAGUUUUGUUGCCAUUUCGAAAAAUGUUAUAUCUAUUUUGUCUUCCGAAUUUUUUGUUUGUCUUCCUUUGCUAAAUUGUUUAUUUCUCUUAUGGUAUGGUAUACUUUGAAUGAAUAUGACUAGGAAUGUUACCUUAUAAGGUUUUAGCUUUUGUUUGUAAUCUUAAAGUGAACGCGUCAAUAGGCAGAGAGGAAAUAAGUUUCUUCGUCGUUUUAAUCGAUCAUAUUCCUUCCGUAAAUGCGUUUACAGAGACAAUAUUGGUAGACAGUAGGCCUAACUAACCGAUAUAGGAUUCAUUAAUUAAAUUUUUUUUGUUGCACUUUUUGCCUAUUUUAGUCAUAUUAAUUCAAAGUUUGAAAAUGUUAAAGUUGGUUAUAAUGUUGCACAUGAAAACGCAUCGCUCGCGUUUUAUAAAAUGGGUGAACUAAAUUUAUGUCUUGUCUACUAAGACUGCAUUACUAUGAAAAUCUUGAUGUGUACGCUAAAAAAUAUCUUUGAACUGUUUCUCUGCGCAUAGACAAUAGUACGUGUCGUUGAUCACAAUGUGUUUUAAGAUAUUUACGAGUGUUAGAAGGGGAUUUUCAAAGACUUUUUUCUUAAGUACUUUUUAAAGUGCAAACUCACCUAUAAAUAGAAUAUAUAGAAUACAGCAUUAAAAUAGUAACAUAGAUCUCACGAUAAAUCGACAUACAACUGAACACUGCCAAAAAUUUCAUGGUGUUUGCUAUUUUAAACCAAAAUAUUUCUACAAGACAUAAUUAUGGUUCAACUUGAAAGAAGCCAAAUGGGAAUUAGUUUUAAGAUAUUAAUUUAUAGUUGUAGUGUGUAUGGAAGGUGUGUUUUGUUAGCUGAAUGUGAUUGUUUUAUGAUAUUGCGUGAAUUGAAAUAUGAUAACGGUUUAAAUGGGAUUUUGAUUAAAAUAUAGAUAUUUUAAACAUAAAUCUAUGGUCCAUAUUCUUAUCCGGUUCACAAUGUCGUCGCCUGUCAAAUAUGUCAAACUAUACAGAAGAAAUGUUUGACAGUUUGAGAUUUGGAAUGACGUUCUAGAAUACCGGCCCAUGAUUUUUGUCUCUGGUUCUGUUUUUUUUAAAUCAAAUAUGGAGUUAUUUUUUUAUAAAACAAAUACUAUUAUAAUUAAGUUUAAGGCAAUGAUUAGCCUAAAUAUUUUAAUUUACGCACUAUCAAUGAAUUGAAUAAAAAACUGUGAUGCGCUAACAAAAUGAUAGGAUGUAUUUUGAACAAGAAUUAAAAUAAGGUAUAAUUGUGGUAUUUUUGUGUACGAGACGUUUUUUAAUUAUAAUAGAUGUAUCACGUGUUUUUCUCUUUAAAUAUAUGAGAUUUAUUUAGUUUGCUUUGAUUCGCUUUAAUUUUAUUAUGUGCAGAUUUUUGAUGUGUUGAACAUGAAUGUUUUAGAUUUUUUUAUUGAUUUAUUUUACAUACCUAUGGUAUAUCAUAAAGUCUGAUACAGAUAAGACAUCACAUUAUUUAUUGGUUGCAUUUUAAUUUUGUUACCAAAAUAUUUUGUCGUACUGUAUAUAAGCUGAAAAGGCGGUUAACAAAUUAAUUCGUACUUAUAAGUGUAUAAACUUAAAGUUUGACAAUUGACAACGUAUCGAAAAUACCUCUUCACAGUGAUGAAAUCGAUUCAAAGGGUUUUAGGUAUUAAGUGGUAAUUUUUUAAAGAUGUUGAUGUUUUGAAUAAGAUUUUUGCAAAUUCUACAUGGGUGUACCGUUAACUGCUGUUUGUAAAAUUGUUCGAUACCAUUUGACAGUUUAGUAGAUUAUAAAAGAGUUGAAUAUUGUUGUUUAUACAAACAUCUGUAAGUACAAGUAGCGUUUAAAUAUUUUGCAACAUUUUUAUACGCGUUGCUACGAUACAAAAACUCUACGAUUAUUUUGGAACGGAAUCGUGUUUUGUUUUGAUAGUUGAGUUGGAAUUUUGCUUGUGGACCACUAAGUCUAUGGUUUUAUAAAUUUGUGACUUAUUACUCAUUGACAUUUUCUAUACCGCACACGGUUAAGUAGUCUUAAGUGCAUAGUUUAAGAGUGAAAUUGAACAGAAAUGAAUAUAAAGGUUAUUCCUCUAA